CCAAUGAUCAACUUGAAUGUGGACAAUGAUAGACCAAUUGUGAAAAGAACUCUGAAAGUCAGAAAGCCUCGAUUUGAUGCAUCCUUGGUUUAUUUGACCCGAAAAUUCAUGGAUCUUGUCAAAACUGCUCCAGAUGGUGUCCUUGAUUUAAAUGAAGUAGCAACAACACUUGGAGUACGAAAACGAAGAGUGUAUGACAUCACCAAUGUGUUGGAUGGAAUCCACUUAAUUCAGAAAAGAUCUAAGAAUCUUAUCCAGUGGGUAGGUUCUAGUCUUGACCCACUUGAUGGAAAAGCACCAGACGAGCAAAGCCUUAAAGAUGAACUUUCUGACUUGUCAGCCAUGGAAGAAGCUCUGGAUGAAUUAAUAAAGGAUUGUGCUCAUCAGUUAUUUGAGCUAACGGAUGACAAAGAAAAUGCAAAACUAGCUUAUGUGACUUACCAAGAUAUCCGUAGCAUACAGGCAUUUCAAGGACAGAUUGUGAUUGCAAUCAAAGCUCCAGAGGAAACCAAAUUGGAAAUACCAAUUCCUAAAAAAGAUUGCAUAGAAGUACACGUGAAGAGCACAAAAGGACCCAUUGAUGUGUAUCUCUGUGAGGUGGAACAAGAGAAACCAAGUGCCAAAACUUGUGAAGAUAUGGAUACUGUCACUUCUGAGACGGAGCCAUCAGUUCCUCCUGAUGGAGGUAGAGUCUUCCAUUUAGUUUUUUAUCCCCAUGUAAUUUUUUUUUUUUUUUUUAAGGGCAGUCAUACUAUUCUGAUAAAGUUGAAAAGUAUACUGUAA